AUGAACUCGCUCAAGGUUCCCGAAAGCGGGCUGCAGCUGGAGGGCUCGACUGGCAAGGAUGCCAGUCUACCUCCCCAGGCCUUUGCAGUCACCCUAUGUGACAAUGUUAUCGAGGACAUGAUCAAAUGCGUCCAGAACGGAGAUGGAAUUCAACUUUCCCUUGGAGCCAACCCUACCUUGCUCUUUGGGACCAAAUCCCACACCAUUGAGCCGCCCUCCGAUUCGAACCCAUAUGAUCUUUACCUCACACGACCUUUCGAAUCGACACGAACUGCUGAAAAGAUAUCAUACACUGGCUCUCUGUUUGAAAAGCCACCAGGCGCUGCUUCGAAGAAAUUGAAGACUGGCAAGGCCGACAACACCACUGACGGCAAGGCCGCAAAGUCUAGCAAGAGCGCCCAAUCAGGGCGAGAUUCUGACAUCGAGGCUCUUCAAAAUGGACUUGCGGCUCACGCUGCUUCUCGGGAGAAGACUCGCGUGGUCGACAGAUUACCAGCGAAGAAGGCAGCUAUCAAGAGCAAAAGCAAAUUCCUCGACUCAACUCCACGAUCGAUCCCCCAAUCACCAGGCCAAGUUUCGCUCGGCUCACUUACACCCAACCCUACGACAUCACAGCCCCUUGACCGAGCCAAGGGAGACCGAGCCAUGCUGGUGCAUGAGCUCGCUGUGCAGGAUCGCUCAUUUGAUUACUUGGCCAAGAGGUGGGAAGGCAAGGUGGAAGACAUGGAGCCGACGCUUCGAAAAGUUGCUGAUGAUCUCGACGAUAACAACAAAUGGUCAUUGAAGAAGAAGUCCUGGAGAGACCUCGAUGUUUGGAAUUAUGAUUAUGAUACCCAAGAAGUACGACAGAAGGCGAUUGACAACGCUGUUCGCCAAUAUGACAAGCAGAGAGUCACCAUCUCAGAGCCAGAGUGGGACAGACUACUACCCAAGGAGGAGCGAGGAACCGGCAAGAGUCUUAGCCGAGUGCAGGCUAAGAUCACGAAGACUGUCAGCACGCCGUCAAUUAAUGUUGAAAUGGCGGAUGGAGGCACAACGCCUCGCGAUAGUGGGGAUUCUCAGGACGCCAACCGGCCAAGGGCUGCAGCAGAGGCUAUGUCAAGGUCCACCUCGAACCCUCUCUCUACCAAGCCCAAGAAACCCACAGCACAGGAGGCCCAGGUCAAGCGUCUUCUGGGCAAAUCCAAGGCCAAGACGACUGCAUCAGCUGCAUCCUCCAAGCCGACAUCCAAGGUCUCUUCUGCUAAAGCAUCUCCCACCAAGGCACGGCCCACCGCUGCGCCCAAGGCAAAUGGGGGAAGAGUUCUAUCGCAGGCCAUUAUUUCUAACUCGGACACCUCAGAAGAUGAUGCUGCUCCUAUUGUCAAACCUAAGCCAAAGGCUGUGCCUAAACCUGCACCUAAGAUGAGAGACACGGUCGUCGCCAAACCUCGACCUGUGGUAAGGGAGCCAAUGAAGCAGCAGAUUACGGCCAAGCGACCUCGCGAGGAUGACGACUCGAGCUCGAGCUCUGGAACACCACUGUCGAAACGCAUCAAGCCCAAGCAGCCUCUUCCUGCCCCCCGACUUAAGCAUCGGCCAUCGGACGCAAGCCAGAACUCUCGCGGAACGAUAACCUCAACCUCGAUAAAGAGCAAGAAUACGUCCCCAACGAAGUCUUCUCCCCUGGCAUCAUCGCCACCCACCAAUGCCUCGGAUCUGGAGAAUGAAGCACCCGCUGCCUCGAUUGUUGCGAAGAAGCGCAAGGUCGAAGGCUUCAGCAAGGGUGGUGUCAUCAAGCGACCUGCAGCAUCAAGGUUUUCCGAUGAUCUUGUGCAGAAGGCACAGGCGUUCAAGCUAUUUUAUCAAAAGUAUGAGACGCUGCACCAUGAGAUUUCAGCGUUGGACAACCCUUCAAGCAGGAAGCUGGGCCAUCUGAUGGAGAUGAGAGAUAGACUGAAAACGAUGAAGAUGGAGAUUUACAGUGAAUGUCCCCCAGAGAGGAACUAA